GAGGACGAAGGAAUCGAACAGGAUUCCGGCGAAGUGGAAGAGUCUGCAGCGAUGGCGAAUGUUAACGUCGAGACGACCUCCAACGCUUCCUCCACCUCCUCCUCCUCCGCUGCUGUUGCUGCUGCUGCCGCUGCGCUGCCGCCACGAUGACGUCAUUGUCUCACGUCAUGGAUCGCUGUCGGAUGCAAAUCAGCAGCACAGCCUCGUCCAACCAGGCGGACGCCCAUUUUCGGGCCGUUUGCCGCGCCCUCGUUGCCGAGACGCUCGAGUUUUCCGAUUUCCUCGUCAAAGUCUCGUCAGCACCCGAAGAUUGGCGGGAAUUACGAAACAACAAGUCGGAAACGCAUUCACAGGAGCUGACGGGACUGCAUUUGGCCGACUGGGCGCGACUGUGGGUGCAGGUCAUCCGUCAGCUGCGAAACGGAGUCAAGUUGAAGUCGGCGUCGGGAGGCGAGAGCGCGCGCAAACCCUACGAAUACGAACUGACGCCCUACGAAAUGAUGAUGGACGACAUCCGAUCGAGGCGCUACAAGUUGCGCCAGGUGAUGGUAGACGGAACGAUUCCGCCUCGCGUCAAGAAAGACGCGCAUGCCGUCAUCCUGGAAUUCAUCCGAUCUCGCCCGCCUCUUCGCAAGGCGUCUGAGAGGAAAUUGCGGCCGCUGACUCGUCGCGUUUCCACUCCGGUCGAGUUGCUCAUGGAGUCGAUUCGACAGCACGAUUCCAAGGAAUUGAGACCCACUCGAUGCCUUCUGGUCAAUCGGACAGAAAAUGCGACGGCGACGAUCUCGACGACAACGAAACGAAAACUGUUGAAAGCCGACCAUUUGCACGACGAACUGGAAGAAGACGAAGAUUUGGAACUGCCUCCGCCAUCUCCGCCGCGGCGCUACGACUACGUGGUCGACCCGUUUUCGUCGUGUUCCAGGUCGGAGUCGUCAACUCCUUUGAAUUCCAAAAUGGACGUGAGAAAUCGCCAUCUGAGCCGUGAACGAGACGAAUCGCCAUCGAGGAGGCACAGUCUGACCGUCCUGCCUCCGCCUCUAACAAGGACCACCAGUAAUCCAUUCUUCAAGAGGCAAUCGAUGAACGCGCAUCUCAAUUGCCACACGCGAAAGGGCGCCGAUCCUCGAAUGACGUUGAAUCCGGCCAAUUUGUCCAGUGAUCAGCCUGGAUCUUUGCCGUGUUCGGGUCCGUCUUCGUCGACGUCAUCGUCGUCGGCGUCGCUCCAUUCGCCGCCAGGUUCGCCCACGAGCGCCGGCCAUUUGCAAGAGGAUUUCGUCCGUUCCAAAGAAUUCCAGCAGGUUGUCCAAGGCAAACUGGUCACCUUGGAGGAGUUGGUGCACAUGCGACGCGUCUUGACGGCCGCUUCGCUCGACAACCUGCCAUUAGACUCGUCCAUCAAAGAUGACGUCACCAACGGAAAGGUUUGCUUCGUGUGUCGAAAGACGCGCUUUUCGGUCUUUGGCUCGUGGUGGCACAACUGCAAACUUUGCCGCCGCACCGUCUGCACCAAAUGUUGCAUCAAGAUGAGAAUCCCGUCCGACCAGUUUGAUACGGUCGACGUAUCGGAAGUGACUUGGUAUGGGGCCAACGCUGACAAACUGGAACAGUCGUCACCUGUCGUCUCUUCGUCUUCCCUCUUCUCGUCGUUUCAAUUGAAAUUGCCGCAGUUUCGGCUGCGUUCGCCCAACGGCGGUAUGGCCGAUUGCUGCGAGAGUUCGGAAUCGACUCCGACGUCGCCGGUGCUCAGCCGGCGCGGCUCGGAACGACGCAAACAAACGCUGGCGCAGCCUCCGCAGACAUUCUUGCACCAAGCUCUUUCGCGUCAUCAAUCUUUGUCGACCAACAACACUCCUGCCAGAAAGCCGGUGUCGGCCCAAGCGUCGGUAGGUGCGUCGCUUCAGCAAGCCAGCAAGAAGUCGUCGUCGUCAGGUAGCGACUGCCACGUCUGCAGGGAUUGUCAGACGUUGAUUGAGAACAUCAUCUACAAUCCUGUUCACACCGUGACCCAUUGUGAACGGCCUUCUAUUCACGUCUCGCUUCCCUGAGCUUUCCUUUCUUCGAUUCAUUCUUCCAAUCCUAAAACAGCUUACACCUACACACACAUCUACAUCUACACACACCUACACCUAUACACACACACAACAGUUGAUCGAAAUCGACGGGACGACGACCAAAACAAAUUCUCUUCCUCAUUCCGGUGCUUUUUCGUUGCGGGAGGGGGGUUUCUAACCAAACUUGAUGAAACGAAAUAUAAACAACAAUAAUAAAAAUUAAAUAAAUUAAUAAAAAAACAAAAACAAAAACAAAAAAAAAAAAAAAUUGAAACGACAAAAUAAUACAAUUAUAACGCACAGCGCGCGCUAGUCAAGCUCCAAGAAAAACAAAAAUUCCAACUCUACGACAACAAUUGAUAAUUGCAACAUUCUCAACCAAGGCGAAAGUACACUCACACCAAUUCAAAACAUCACACGAUCAAUUAAAAGGCCAACUCUGCUGUUCUUGCGCUCUUUUAACCCAAUGCAACGGAACAAAUCUUUAUAUUCACAGCUUCAAAACAAAACAAAUGUUUUUUUGUACAAAAUUCGUUGAUUGUAUCCAGCAACAAAAGCAUUCCUCUUCUGUUUUCUUUUCCCUUUUCCCUCGUGUCCCUUACAAACGAAUUAUGCAUCCCCCCGCCCCGUAUUCUCAUCGAGUGGCUGCCGCUUUUUUUUUUGGUUUUUUUUUUACAGAAAAUUUUAAUGUCCGCCUUUUUUUUUUUUUUUUUUUUUUCGAAGGAAAAACGCAUAAAAAGAUGAAGAAAAAUGUUCGGUACGGCAGCUCGUUUUUUUUUUUUUUUUUGUUUGUUUCAUUUUUUUUUAUGUCUUUUUUGUGUGUGUGUGUGUGUCUCCCCCUCUGCAUCAUUCAUCAUGUCUUAAUGUAUAUUUGCGAGCCUCCUAGGAAAUAUACACACGUACGUGUCUCGAGAA